AUGGCGGUGUUAGAGAAUAUGGUUGCUGCUAUGCAAGCCACUGCUGAGGCGUUGGGGCAGCAGAUGAACAAUAAUGGUAAUGGGGGAAACAACGAAAAUGGGCUGAUGAUGCUGUCAGCAUUCAUGAAGGCUAAUCCAUCAGUGCCAUGGAGUGAGCACUACAAGCACAGCAGGUACCUGAAGAGCAGUGUGUCGAGUUUGCUACCUAUCAGCUCACUGGGUAAGCAAUGCAUUGAUGAUUUUCUCGUAGUUGUCAGGGAGAUCCGAGACUUCGAGGAAUGGAAGUGUAUUAAGUAUGAAGGAGGACUCCAGAGUAACAUCUUCAGUUCAGUAGGGCCAAUGGAGAUCAGGACUUUCUCCGAAUUGGUGAAUAAGAGCAGAGUGACUAAAGACUAUGUAAAAAGGGCGGCUAUAGAAAAAGGGAGUCAUAGGGGGCUUUUUUACCAGAACCGAGGGAGAAGCUUUGCUCCUAGGAGUCAGCCUUUCAAGCAUGGAGGCUUUGUACCACAGCAGACUCAGGGUCAGAAUAACUUUAGAAGGCCUAACAACAACAAUUUUCCGGGAAGAAGAUUUGGGAAGCAGCCUCUGAAUGAGCAAGGUUGUGCUAGAUGUGGGAGUCAUCAUCUGGGUGCUCCGUGUAAAGCCGAUUGGGGCUUGUGUUACUCAUGUGGGAAGGUGGGGCAUAAAGCCUCAAACUGUUCGGAGAAGCAGAGACGGGGUACUGAGAGAGCACAGGAGCCUGUUCGGGUGUUCACUACCUCAGCUGCUAACGAGUUAGGAUUGAAAAUUGUGGUUUUGGGCUACGAUUUGAAGGUGUAUAAUGUCACUCAUGAAGCCAUGGUGACUAGGUUAGGAUGUCCGCAAGUUUCAUUUAGGGUUAAGCAAUGUGAUUUUGUCCAUGACUUAAUUUGCUUGCCGAUGACCGGUCUUGAUCUUAUCUUGGGGUUGGACUGGUUGUCUAAAAACCAUGUUUUGCUGGACUCUUUUGAGAAAUCGUUGUAUUUCAUGCCAGAGGAAUCAAAAGGGCCGAUUAUGGGCGUUAUGCUGUUAGCUGCGAGUGUGUCGGUUGAGGAACAAAGUUUAGAGAAAGUUCCGGUUGCUUGUGAAUUUCCUAAAGUCUUUCCAAACGACAUUGACAAAUUCCUUCCUGCCCGGGAGGUUGAAUUUGCAAUUGCGUUGGUACCUGGAAUGAGGCCAAUCUUGAUUGCCCCUUACAGAAUGUCGCCUUUAGAAAUGUCCGAGCUCAAGGCUCAGUUGGAAGAUUUAAUAAGUAAACGCUUCAUCCGGCCUAGUGUGUCUCAGUGGGGAGCGCUGGUGUUACUGGUGAAGAAGAAAGGCAGGAGUAUGUAUCUCUGUGUAGACUACAGGCAACUGAACAAGGUCACAAUAAAGAAUAAGUACCUGCUGCCGAGGAUUGACGAUCUCAUGGAUCAGUUACAAGGAGCCGAAGUUUUCUCUAAGAUUGAUGUGUGA